AUGGUUGGAAUCUCUUUGGUGACAUGGAUUUCUCCAAUCGAGGAGGGACUUUCUGGGUCUGGAAGUGUUCAGAACAAGUGGUUCAAUGACCGCUAUACCUAUAGUAAACCUCUAUUUAAAUCCCUCUUGGUAUCCUACUUUUCUUCUCACCCUUUUCUUAUUAUUAAAGGUGAGUUUCCCCUAGGGAAUUGGCUAACUUUUAAAGUGGCUGUUGUUACUCGAGGCGAAAAGUUCGAUAAAGCAAUAACUGCCGGAGCUGAUAUUGUCGGUGGUGAUGACUUGAUUGAACAGAUACAAAGAGGUUUCAGGGAAUUUGACAAAUUAAUUGCUUCCCCAGAUAUGAUGGUUAAGGUUGUUAGCCUUGGGAAGCUUCUAUGUUUACUUUUUAUCAUGAAGUGA